AGAACCCAGCUGGUAAGCCAGCACUACAGAUCCCCAGUUCUCGAGCAGCUGCGCCAAGGCCUCCAGUGUCUGCAGCCAGCGGACGUCCUCAAGAUGAUACAGACAGCAGCAGAGCUUCUCUUGCAGAACUGCCCCGGAUGCAGAGACCCUCUUUGCCGGACCUCUCUCGGCCCAAUACUACCAGUAGUACGGGCAUGAAGCACAGCUCCUCUGCUCCUCCCCCACCACCUCCAGGGCGGCGAGCCAAUGCACCCCCUACACCCCUGCCUAUGCAUAGCAACAAAGCCCCAGCCUACAACAGAGAGAAACCCUUGCCUCCAACUCCUGGACAGAGGCUCCACCCUGGUCGAGAGGGACCUCCUGCUCCACCCUCAGUCAAGCCACCUCCUUCCCCUGUGAAUAUCAGAACAGGACCAAGUGGCCAGUCUCUGGCUCCACCUCCUCCGCCUUACCGCCAGCCUCCUGGGGUCCCCAAUGGACCCUCCAGUCCCACUAAUGAGUCAGCCCCUGAGCUGCCACAGAGACACAAUUCUUUGCAUAGGAAGACACCAGGGCCUGUGAGAAGCCUAGCGCCUCCUCCACCCACCUCUGCCUCCUCUUUACUGAGUAAUAGGCCACCUCCCCCAGCCCGAGACCCUCCCAGUAGGGGAGCAGGUAAGUAAGUGCU